ACAGUGGUCUUUCAGCACUUGAAUAAAUGGCACAAAGUUGGACCUUUGUAAGCCAUUUUUGUACAAAUCAUCAGGCGAUCUGUUGCUUGUAGCAAUCAUGACAAUUCCAUUUUCAAAAAGAACGGUAAAUAAUCGUUUCAGAAUCAUGGCGUCCGCGACAUCAGUGACUUGAAACUCAUCAAAACAGAUCAUCCAAGCACGGUUACUAAUGAGAUCCGCGACGGGUGGAAUGGGGUCAAAGGGUUUGGCUUUUCUCUCUGAGAAAUCUCUCACCACGUCUUUUUUAGUUUCGUGGAUUUUCUCAUGUACAUCUACCAUGAAUUCGUUGAAGUGAACCCGAGACUUUUUAUCGAUGUUGCAGGUGUUGUAGAAGAGGUCCAUUAGCAUUGUCUUUCCACCGCCUACAGCGCCGUAAAUGUAGAGACCUUUUGGGGCUUUCUUUUGACUAGAAAAAAACUUGCUUAACAAAUUUUUUUCAGGCGGCUGGUAGCUCUUCGUUUCGUCAUAUAUCCGCUGAAGGGAUUUACCUACUUUUAGCUGAAUUUCGUCACGUUCUAAUUCUCCAUUUGCAAUUUUCUCGUUUAAAACAUCAACAGGCCCUUUAUUAUAUUUUGUACUUUGGGUGGAAAAAGAAUAAUGGAAUUUCUUCUUUUUUAUAGUUUUUGUGAUAAUUCGGAACAUUUUAUAGUUUUGAAAUAUUAAUAAAACAUCCGUGAAUUCAUGCAACAAUCUAAAAAUAAUUCGCAGAUAAUAUAAAUGAUUUUUUUAUAAAUUAAUUCUGCACUUACGUUGCCGUCGAAUGAUUAGCCAGUAAUUAAAACAUUAAUGGUUAAGUAACUCUGAACUUAUAAAACAUUUUUCUCGAGUUUACGUAAUUUUAAUUUGAUAUUACCUGUGAGUUGCAGCAUUUUUGCAAGUUUUCCGUCACCUUUGCCACCAUAUUUAAAUGUCAAGCCUUUGUGAUUGCUUUGUUGUGAACAAUAUAUUUUAAAAAUAGUCCUAACUAAUAGUUAAUUAAAAUUAAAAUGUUCAAAGUGGCUAAGUUUGACAACAACAACGUUGCAGAAGAUGUCUGCAAGGAGUUAUUUAAGAAACCAUCACCUCAAACUAAUAAGAAGAACAAAAAUAAAAUUUUUAAAGGAAAAGUAACAAAACAUGUUAAAGAGAAAAAAGAUGUUUUAAACGAAGAAAAGAUAAAGAAUGAAAUAAAAGCUAUUUUAAAUAAUAGUUUUCAAUCCGGCAGUAAUGUUCAAUUGAAAAAGAAGAAAAAAAGAAAAGAAAAAGACAGUAACGUACCUGGAAAAUAUGUUUCCCUCAUAAACAAAAAUUUGGAAAAUCAAAAAGUCAACAUUUCGCACACACCUGAAGAGUCUCAACGAAAGAAAAAGAAAAAACGGAAGCGGAAACCUAUUUCUAUUGAUGUUAAUGACAAGCCCCAAAAUUUACAAAAAGAGACAACUCCAUUAGAUUACAAGCUAAGAAAAAUGCAAGAAGUCAAAAAAAAGAUGUUAACAAGAGCAAACCCUGAACCUACUACCACAAAAAAACAAAAGUCUCGCGAAAAGUCUUUAAGAGAGCGGAUGAUGGAAAAAUUACAUGCUGCGAGGUUUAGAUAUCUUAAUGAACAAAUUUAUUCAAGUGAUAGUAAAGAAGCACACAAAAUUUUUAAAGAUGAUCCAGACGCGUUCAAGGCGUACCAUGAAGGCUAUAGACAGCAAGUUGCUAAAUGGCCUUUAAAUCCACUAGAUGCUAUAAUCCGAAGCGUUCAAAAAAUGCCAAAAACACACGUCAUUGCUGAUUUCGGUUGCGGCGAUGCAAAGUUGGCUCAAUCAGUGAAUCAGAAAGUGCAUUCGUUUGAUUUAGUUCCGGUAAAUGAGGCAGUGACAGCAUGUGAUAUGGCACAUGUGCCCUUGGAUAAUAAUAGUAUCGAUGUUGUUGUCUUUUGCUUGUCUUUAAUGGGGACAAAUCUUCAUGACUAUCUUUUGGAAGCCAAUAGAGUGUUAGUUCCAGGAGGAAUUUUGAAAAUUGCCGAAGUCGAGAGUCGAUUUGACGAUGUUAACCAGUUUAUUGAAGGAGUAAAACGAUUUAAUUUUAAAAAUACAUGGAAGGACUUGUCGCACAACUUAUUCUAUUUUUUGGACUUCAGAAAAGAAGGUAAUAUCAAGAAUAAAAAGAAACUUCCAAAUUUGAGUUUAAAUCCGUGUUUAUACAAAAAACGAUAACAGUUUUAAUACAUUGAUUUUAUAAACAAUUAAAGUAAUAUAGAUUGAUUUAUAAAGGGUUUAGGGUUCUCUAUACCGUCAAGUACGUCUUCAGCUUCUUCCCGUAAAUUUUCCACUUUUUCCAACAUCAACAUCUGCAAAAACGUCAUAAAUACUCCCUUAAUAAUAUAAUCUACAAACCUUAGCUGCAGCAAUGAGUUGUUUUGCUACCCUCCUCGGUAAAUAUUCGAUACUUUCCACCAAAUUGUCGGCAUUUGCUGCAGCUAUACUACGUAUAGAUUUAAAUCCGGCAUUGU